AUGGAAUCCGUAACAACAUUCGACUUAGCCCUGUCAACUGCAGAACCUGUUACGAAGGAAUCAGAAUGCCAUAUCAAGAAAAAAAAACCUGUUACUCCUGUGACGCAUAGCAAGGUAGAUGAAAUUGAAUAUUUUCAAAUGAUAAAUACAAACGGCAAGAAAAAUAGGUCGGGAUGCUCUGAGAUAAGAAAUACCAAAAACAAGAAAAAUGAAUCGGGAUGUUCUGAAACGGGGAAUCCAACAAGCAAGGUAGAUGGAUCGGGAUGUUCUGAAAUAGGCAAGGAAGAUGGAUCGGGAUGUUCUGAAAUGGGAAAUCUAAAAAGCAAGGAAUAUGGAUCGGGAUGUUCUGAAAUGGGAAAUCUAAAAAGCAAGGAAGAUGCAUCGGGAUGUUCUGAAAUAGGAAAUCCAACAAGCAAGGGAGAUGGAUCGGGAUGUUCUGAAAUGGGAAAUCCAACAAGCAAGGAAAAUGGAUCGGGAUGUUCUGAAAUGGGAAAUACAAUAAUCAAGGAAGAUGGAUCGGGAUGUUCUGAAAUGGGAAAUCUAAAAAGCAAGGAAUAUGAAUCGGGAUGUUCUGAAAUGGGAAAUCUAAAAAGCAAGGAAGAUGCAUCGGGAUGUUCUGAAAUAGGAAAUCCAACAAGCAAGGAAGAUGGAUCGGGAUGUUCUGAAAUGGGAAAUCCAACAAGCAAGGAAGAUGGAUCGAGAUGUUCUGAAAUGGGAAAUCUAAAAAGCAAGGAAGAUGGAUCGGGAUGUUCUAAAAUGGGAAAUCCAUCAAGCAAGGAAAAUGGAUCGGGAUGUUAUGAAGAGGGAAAUCCAACAGGCAAGGAAGAUGGAUCGGGAAAAAACAUGUAUAAAUGUGAGGAGUGUGACAGAAAAUUUCCUUACAUGAAGAACCUUAAAAUUCACAUGAAAAUGCAUAAGACUGAACGUCCCUAUAAAUGUGAUAAAUGUGAAAAGAGUUAUGCGCAGAUAAAUUAUUUGAACCGACACAUGAGGUCACAUGUGCCUCUUAAAUGUGAAAAGUGCAAUCAGGUUUUUUCACAGAGAAGCGCUCUGAAGAGGCAUGUGAAUGAACAUAAUCAUGCAGAUACCUAUCCAUGCAAGGAGUGUGGCAAAGAGUUCAGUUCAUAUGCUAGUUGCAAACUGCAUGAACGUAUUCAUACAGGAGAAAGGCCAUUCAAGUGUAAGGAAUGUGACAAGGCCUUUAAAACAAAACAUGCUCUGGUUGUACAUGAGCGAUCACACUUGGGGCUCAGGCUUUUCAAAUGUGAAAUAUGCGGGGCUAAAUAUUCGGCUAAAGAACACUUAAAAAGACACACUAGGACAAAACACACUGGUGAGAGGCCGUACAAAUGUGAACAAUGUGACAAACGAUUUUUCUCGAAAAGUGACCUCAAAACUCACUCGCUGACUCACACUGGCGAUAAACCUUUUGAGUGCGGGGAAUGUGGUAGGCGCUUUUUGUUGAAGACACAGUUGACGAGGCAUGCCGUAGUGCAUACUCAUGCAAAGCCAUUUCAAUGCGAUCAGUGCGGAAAGCUGUUCUCUUGUAAACAGUACCUGGUGCAGCACAUCCAGCGACAUACAGGGGAGAAACCACACAAAUGCAAACUAUGUGAUGCAAAGUUUGUCACUCAAAGCCACCUAUUGAGACACGAGGCAAUACAUGGUGGGAAAAAAACAUGUACAUGCGAUGUCUGUGGUAAGAAUUACCUCAGCAAAGGUUAUUUAAGAAUGCACAUGAUAACACAUGAAAAUGUAAAACGCUUUCAGUGUGGACAGUGUGGCAAAAAGUUUGCUUUCAAAGAUAAACUAAGAAUCCAUCUGAAAUUUCACAGUGGAAUCAAGCCUUACACCUGUGAAUUGUGUGACAGUAGUUACGUAACAAAAUACCAUUUAAAGAGACACAUGGAAACACAUAAAAGUGAAAAACCCUACCAAUGUGACGAAUGUGGUCAGAGCUACAGAUUGCAAAGUAACUUUGAAACCCACAAGCGUUCACAUGCUGGUGGAGAAGCGUACGAGUGUUGGUUGUGCGAACAGACGUACACUACAGUACGAGCUUUGAACUACCACACCAAAAUUCACACUGAAGAACAUCCUCACCAGUGUGAAGUUUGUGGGAAAGGCUUCAGUCAGAACCAGCAUCUUAAAAACCACAUGAUAAGAAAACAUGGCUAUAAAAGUAAACCACGUGCUGUGAAACCGACUUGUAACAUAUGUGGGAAGCAGUGUACAAACCUUUCAAAUCAUAAAAAAAUACGUCACAGUACGGAGAGACCAUUCCAGUGUAAGUUAUGUGAUAAUAACUACAAAAUGAAGGCACACUUAGACAGGCACAUGAUUUCACAUACCGGAGAGAAACGGCAUAAAUGUGAGAAGUGUGGUAAAUGUUUCUUAUUGAAGCAAGGUUUGAUGGUUCACCUAAAAACACACACCGGGAUAAAGCCAUUUGUAUGUCAGAAAUGUGGCAGAAGAUUUUUCUCUAAAUGCAUCAUGCAAACACACGAGGCAAUUCAUUCGUCGGCCAGGCCCCAUAAGUGUCCAGUGUGUGGCAAAGCAUUUAAAGUCUCUCCUUACUUGAAGGUCCACAUGCGAACACAUGAUAAAAAACAGCUGCACACAUGUAAAGAAUGUGGAGUAACUUUUAAGCGAGAAACUUCGUUCACCAAACACGUGAAACUACAUGCCAAGGAGAUUCUGGAGCGUGAGCAAUAUAAGUAUCUGGUACGCUUUGAGAAAAUAACCGAUUUUAUGAAUGAAUUGAAUGGAACAGAAGUAUUCCGUAUUCGUUGGAAAAAGUUUAAUGUUAAAUGA